CCCAAUUGCGAUUUCCAUUUCCAAUUUAGGUCGAGUUCGGUCUCCCAAACUCCAUCGAGAGUCUACCACCUCCUCGAACUCCCCUCUCUCUCGCGCCGCUCACUCCUAGAGAUCCUCUGCCGCCUCCGGCGCUCCUCCGCUGCGCCUCUCCUUUCAGUUUGCUUCCCGAGGAGGCCUCGACGGAAUCCUCCCUCCGAGGGCGGCGUCGAUCAUGGCCGCCGAGGCGGGGGACGGGAAACCUCAACCGGGGAGGCGGCCCAGAUCCAGGCUCAUCGUCCGCCUUGGUGCGUUACUCGUCGCUCACAGCGUUCUCGUCAGUGUCGUGUGUUGCAUCGCGGGGUCGAUCGCUUUCCUCCUCCUCCCCGUCCUGGCUAAGAACACUUAUGUCUCCGAGAACGCGCUGAUGCCAGGUUCUGCCAAUCCAAUGUUUUCAUCUCACGAUGUAGUUGAAGCCAACAGAUUCUUAAAGGAAAUUCUUGACCGAGGAAGUGCAAAAGUUACAGGAACAGAAAUAGCAAAAUUGAUUGGUCAGCAUGUGGUGGAUGUGGGUGCUGAAUUGUAUUAUCACAAAUUCCAUCCUCAUGGUAAUCAGUUCCACCCUCUUCAUUUCUUCUCAUCCAUCACUAAUACUAUGGAGAUGCAAUAUAAUUCUAGCUGCACAUUGUUUGGUCUCAAUUCUGUUGGUAUUAUCCGAGCACCUCGUGGUGAUGGGAAAGAAGCAAUUGUGUUGGUAACUCCUUACAAUUCACAGAAUAUUGGACAGAGUGAAGCCUUAUCGCUAGGGCUUGCAUUCUCAAUUUUUUCACUUCUGAGCAGAGUUACAUGGCUUGCAAAGGAUAUUGUUUGGUUAGCUGCAGAUUCCAGAUAUGGAGAGUAUACAGCAGUUGAUUCAUGGCUGAAAGACUACCAUAAUCCUUUGUUCCUUAGUAAUUCAGGGAAGAUAGGUACUGGUGUAUGUUUUGAAGAAAAUAUUCUCCAUCUUCUGGAUCAAUUAAAGGUUAAAGGGCCAGGAUACAAUAUUUUCAAACGUGCUGGAACUAUGGCUGCUGCACUUGUAUUCAAGGUCAUUGAGAAGAAGGAAAAGGAGGAAAGAGAUAGCCUUACUAUAUAUGCAGAGGCGUCUAAUGGCCAGAUGCCUAAUCUUGACCUUAUCAAUAUUGUCCAUUAUCUAGCAGUUCACAGGCAAGGUCUACGCGUGAAGAUUGGAAGCAUGCAUUCUUUACUUAAAGCUGCAUGGCUCAAGUUUGUCGGUGAGAUGCUGCAACUGUUUGGCAAAUUGACUAAACACUUGAACCCCAAAUGGAAAUUUGAUAUUACAUCUGCUGAGUAUGUUGAAGGCACUGCCACACUUGCAAGCUCAAUUUAUUAUCAGGCCCUUGGUGUCCCAACUGGGUCCCAUGGUGCUUUCCGUGACUACCAAGUAGAUGCAAUUACUCUUGAGCUCUCCCCAAGAUUUUCUCUCAAUAAUGAGAAUAAUCGAUCUGCAUUUCUUCUUAGAGGUGGCAGGUUAAUUGAAGGAGUCAUACGCUCAGUAAAUAACCUUCUGGAGAAGUUCCAUCAGUCGUUUUUCCUCUACUUCUUAACAGCUCCUCAUAAGUUUGUAUCUGUCGGAGUUUACAUGAUACCAUUUGCACUGCUACUAGCUCCUCUUCCCAUAGUUUCUGCUGCUCUCUUUUCUGGUAAUGAUAAUUUGGGAGUUUCAACAGAAAAAGUUAACCAGGAACCUGGAUGUAUUGGUUCCAGUGACACGGAACUCCGCUCUGGAUCAUGGAAAUGGCUUCAGGCUGCCAAAGUGGUAUUCAUGAUCCACUUGUGGGCAAUCAUCGUGUCCUUGUUACCUUAUGUGCUCUCCCAAUUCCCCCUUACGACCCCUAUAACGCUCUUGUUAGUUUGGGCUGCACUAUCCAUUUGUAUCCUGCUGAUCUUCUACCUCAUUUUUGGUGCUUGUUCUACCCAUUGUGGAUGGGAGCUUCUAAAAUCUGUGAUGAUAGCUGCUGCUUCAACAGGACUGAGCUUAAUGUCCGUCAUCAAUUUCUCAACUGCACAGAUUGGAGCCAUGCUGAUCGUUCCAAUGUGUUUGUUAGUUCAACCUCUAAGGAAGCAGAUGCAGGCAGGUGUUUGUCGGAAGGCAGUACUGGUGAUCUGUAACUUAACAAUUGCUGUGGUUGGGUUUCCACCAGUUGCAUUACUAAUAGCGAAAGGCGUGUGUGAGGAUUUUGGAAAGGCUGGUGUCGGCGCCUUUUGGGAACUGGCGCAGCUCUUGUGGUCAUGGAACAGCGCCACUUACCUCUACCUGCUAUGGAUUCAUCUCCCUUGUUGGGUUCUUUGCUUGCAUAUUUUGCUGUAUCCUUGUAUUGGGAGGUCCUCCAAGGCAUGAAGAACAGUGUUAUGAUCUAUGAUUUGACAUGAGUUGUAACUGAUGACUGAUUUAUAGAGGAAACUGUUUAGCUUUGUUGAUGCC